AUGCACUGUGGGUAUCUCAUCCUCACUGCCUUCCUGGGGCAACUGCUGGAAACCAUGGGUCAGGUGUCUGUCACCCAGCAAGAAGGACAAGUCACCGUGGAGCAGAGAAACACCUUCCAGACCACUUGCACGUACCAGAGCUCCAGCUUUUAUGGUUUGCUCUGGUACCAGCAGAAGAAGGGCCAAGGCCCUCAGCUACUUUCAAAUCAAGCAAUAGCAGGCACCAAGCAGAGCGUCCGUUUCACCACAGAGCUGAACAUCACAGGGAAAUACAGUGUUCUGCAGCUGAAAGAAGUUGAGCUCUCUGACAGCUCCUUGUACCUCUGUGCUGUGCGUGACACCCUGGUGCAGAGAGCUGAAGUCAGGAUAAAGGAGGAGUUUGCCUCGGUUGAUGAGGACUGGGUUAAGGACCGAUUAAGCAAGCUGGACAUCCAUAAAUCCAUGGGUCCUGAUGAGAUGCACCUGCGGGUGCUGAGGGAGCUGGUGGAAAUCAUUGCUAAGCCACUCUCCAUCAUCUUUGCUAAACUAAGGAAGUGUGGUCUGGAUGAUCGGGUAGUGAGGUACACUCUGAACUGGCUGAAGGGGAGCCAGGUGCCUCCCUGGCUAAAGCCACUGGACAAGUCAGAGAUGGUCAGCUCCUCUUAA